AUGGCGACGACAUCUUCAACCCCGAUUGAUGAUUCCUUUCAGCUUUUCGAUCUCCGUGUCGAAGUUAUCUGCCCUCCCUCUUCCAAAAUCCUCUGUGGUGCCAAGGAAGGUGAUCAUUUUACUCUCGAGGGAGAAAUGCUAUAUUUACCACCUGGCCAGGGAAUUAGCAUAUACAGUUUAUCAUCGGUUCUCCCUCUACUAGCAGCAAAGCAACGCUUCACCCAUUCCAAUGAUUGGAUGACCACAGACGGACUGAUAGCAUGUCCAGAUCCAAAUUGUGGGAGUCAGUUGAAGAUCACCAGAACGGGAUUGAGGACGUUUAAGCACGGGGAAACUACGGUCGUGGGAUUUGAGGGCAAUGUUUAAGAGAUGUGGAGUUAAGGAUGUAAAUACGAAAGGGACACAAGUUGGUCUCACAAUAGGGAAUUCACUCUCCGAGGUAGUUAGCCGAAGGAGGGAGGUGUCAAUGAAUUUUCAGACAAGAACUCAAUAAUUUGGUAAUUGGCAAGAAGUAGUGACAUAAAUAGUCGAGGAAGCCUAUGUUUGGAACAAAUGACAAAUGAUACAACUAAUACGAAAAUAACCUCUUGUCUCUAAAUCACUACAAAGCAGGUCAACGAAACUUCAUCACUUGUAUCUUGGACAGUAGAGAUGCCCCAGUAAGCUGACCAC